AUGGAUGGUAAACAGAGCAAAGUUGGAGCCAACCAACGAGAUGGCGAAGAAUCCAGCUGUACAGCCUGUCAACGACCGGAUUGGUCAGAGGAUAUGGUCCAAUGUGACCACUGCGACGUUUGGAAGCACUUUUCGUGCGCUGGUGUAAACGAGAGUGUAGCAGGUAAACCCUUCACGUGUGGCGACUGUUCUGUCCAACAGAACGAUGACGUUAUUUCGCUGCAAAGUGCAUCGAGUCGUUCCAGUUCAGCGUCAGUGUUUUCUGUUUGCCUAAGUGAACUUGUCGAAAGGCAACAAAUGGAACGCGCUCGUUUAGAGUUGGAGUUACAACGCCGCCAUCUGAACGAACAACAGAAGCUGAUCGAUAAAGCCUUUGGAUUAGAGGAGACGGUAAACCAUACUGGUGAAGUGAACCACGAAACGAUUUCUUCUACAGCAAGUAAACUGCCCGCUGUUUCAUCUCUUUCCGAAGCAACCGUAGCCAAAUCCAAUCGACGGUCGAAAUCACAGUCCGAAAUUCGUAAGUCGACUACACCUGUUAUGGUUUCUAUUCCCCUCACAAGACUGGAACCAAAUACGGUUAAGUACCUGCAAGGGAAGAAGGAUCCCCAAGCUGCUAUGCAAGAACUCAGGAACCGGGUUGAGCAGUGCGAGACUCGCGCCAAUCCAACACCUGAUCAGCUCACCAGUCUACAUAAUCAGCUCGAAUUAUGCCGGAAAAUUUUGGAAGGGUUUCAGACCAGCAGCGGAGAACACAAAUCGGAUCCAAUUAAUCCAAUACAGUUACUGCAGCCAAAACCCACGAAUACGUCAUGUGAGGCAAAGCAGACAGGUACCAUACCAAAGGCAAGCAGAGCGUUGCAACCGGUCUCGGAACACGAUCGAAUGCAACCACAUCGUCCUGCAGAACCAGGAGCCGUUGGAGGGGCCAAAUCACCGAGUGAUGUCUGGCCGUAG